AUGAGAGCAAACUCUGCAAAACCCAGCCAGCACAUGGUUUGGCUUAGAACCUGGGCCACCGCAAGGGCUCGUGCUCCCCUUCUCCCAGAGAAGGACAGCUGGAAGCUGCUGACACCUGGGUCAGGGAGGAACCCGGUGCUGCUGGCCAGGCCUUACACAAGGCAGGCAAUGGGGCUGACAGAGCUAGUGAACGGAGAGUGCAGUGAAGAAGGUUCACAGAUUCUCAGAGAUGGAGGUUAUCUUAGAAGAGGCAGUCCGGUGGUCCUCAAACAAGUGAGUGAUCAGUUACGAGAUGAGAAUGAGCUGGAGACCUUGGUUAUGCACAUUUCCAUGGGCCUUGGUCUCAGAGAUUCUGACUCAGGGUUGGGCAAGAGAGUUGCUCCAGCUGCAUCCGAGACUGUCGUCAGAGCGUUUUUGGGUGAAACGGUGACUUUGCCCUGUACACACUCAUCCUGGUAUAACAGAAACAGCAUGUGCUGGGGCAGAGGCCAGUGUCCAAACUCCAAAUGCAAUGACGAGCUUCUCUACACUGAUGGGAUGAAGACGGUCCCAAGGAAGUCUCCAAAAUACCAACUUCGGGGGAGUAUCCGGAGAGGGGAGGUCUCCUUGACCAUCUUCAACACCAACGAAGGUGACGGUGGUGUGUACUGCUGCCGCAUAGAGGUGCCUGGCUGGUUCAACGAUGUGAAGAAGAACAUCCGCCUGGAGCUGAGGGGAGCCCCCACAACCAUGCGCUCCACAACCACCUGCUGCCCAACCACCACCAUCACCACUGCUGAGACGACAAGCACAGCUGUGCUUCCGGCUACAGUCGUGACUACACCCGACCUCCCAACCACACCACCACUUCAGAUGGGCACCACUGCUGAGCUCACAACCAUGGCAGCCACAUGCCCUCUGACAACCGGGUCCCUUCCUGAGGAAGACAUGAUAUUUCUGACCCUUGAGGCUCCCAUGGAAGAGCCCAUCCUCACUGCAGAAUCAGAAACUGUCCUUCUCCCUAGGACCUCUCAGAGAAGCACGGAGUUGACUUCUGGAGACACUGCCUUGUUCACAUCCAAAGGAAGCAUGCCAAAGGUAGCUGUUACCUCAGUGGAGCUUAUAAUCAAGCAGAGGAAAACAGACAUCUAUGAGAGUCUAAAGGUUGAGUCCUCCAGUCAACGUCCCAGGCAUCGGUAUAGGAGGCGAGUGACUUGGUGA